AUGAGGCUAAUACUCCUUAUCCUUCUUAUCGCUUUAGUGACAGCUCAAAACAAAUUCUCACCAAAAUGCAAAAAAGACAGUGACUGCGACCCUAUGAACCACUGCAACGAAGAGGUCGGCAAAUGUGUCCACAAGGACUUGAUGCCAUUGAGCGGACAGGAAGUAGCAGGUACAAUCCUGGUGUUUUUGAUGAGUGCUUUAUCCAAUGCCGGUGGAAUUGGUGGUAGCUCAAUCAUGAUUGCUUUUCUGCUCCUGAUAUUUAACUUCGAGACACACAUGGUGAUCCCGAUAGUUCAGGUCAUUAUAAUGAGUGGAAGCAUUAUUGCAGUCUUUUUAAAAUUCAAGAGCAGGCAUCCUGCAAGGGACCGUCCCCUGAUUUUUUACGACAUCCUCAUGCUUGAGGUGGCCCCUCUUCUCCUUGGAAGCUCAAUUGGGGUUUUCCUCAACAUAGGGUUCCCUACAUGGCUAAUUUUAGCAAUCCUUAUUCUUGUGACAUUGACGUUGGCUAUAAUUACUUUCCACAAAGGAUAUAGGAAUUGCCCGAGGAUGGCGCUAUCUUGCGCCAUCCUCGGGCAAUCCAAAAAAUGGCCCCACACUGGGAAUCGAACCCACGUGUGGGGCCAUUUUUGGUGCGUGUAAGUCGAUGUUGGCCACACACCAAAAAUGGCCCCACACGUGGGUUCGAUUCCCGGUGUGGGGCCAUUUUUGAAUUGCCCGAGGAUGGCGCAAGAUAGCGCCAUCCUCGGGCAAUUCCUAUAUGUGUAUUACAAAAAAGAGACCAAAAUUAAGAGAGUCUCAACCAUAAUGAAGGUUACCCAUCAAGACACCGUUGAAAUAGAUACUAUUGAGUUUAAGGCAGAGAACAAAAAUGAUGAGCUUGAAAUUGGGUUAGCCAAAAAAACGAUUUUUUCUGAUUUUUUCCUAUUAAAAUGACUGAAGGAGAAAAUAAGGCUUUUUCUCUCCCAAUUCAUUAUAGAAGAUCUCUUUCAUUCGAUGAAGGAUGGACAACAUAAAAAAAGCUAUAAAUUUUCUUGAAAAAGGAGUUUCAUUCUCAAUCAUUUAAAUAGAAAAACCCGUAUGAAUGGUUUUUUAAUAUGAGCCCUUCGAAAUCAUUGAGCCAGAUGACGAGCUAGAGAAAGACCAAGAUAACUUCGAGCAUGAAGAAGAAAAUUCACAAAAUCAGCUAGAAUAUGGAAAGAAAAGGCACGCUAGUUUUGUUAUUGUCGAAGAGGAGACAGGCAGACCUAUAAGAGACAUCCAUUCUGAGCUUCAAGAAAUUUACAAAGAAGAAGGCAAGGUUUACUAUCCUUUUCAUAUUUUCAUUAUUUGUGCGAUUUAUGCGUGGGCAAUUCUUGCUGCUUUUUUUAGAGGGGACACUAAUGUGAAGUCCAUCGGAGGCUGGGAACUUUGUUCAGAUCAAUAUUGGGGAUUUGUAGGAGGCUUUAUCGUUUCUAUGAUUUUAAUUGGUCUCAUUCUUGCAAGGCACCUUAAUAGGCAAACUCAUCAUAAGUUAUACUAAAUCAGGCAAAUUUUACAUAUGAAGUUUAUUAUUUUAUACUAAUUUGGCUGAGGUAAAUUUAAUAUAAAUAGCAUAGAACUGGGCUAUGACUAUGAUGCCCAUGACCUAAGGUGGCAUUUCAAAGAAAGCAUCAUGCUUAUGUGCUUUUCGUUUAUCGCAGGCUUUACCUCAGGAUUAAUAGGAAUCAGUGGAGGCGUUAUCAUGGGUCCUGUUCAGCUGGCAUUCGGGAUUAGGCCAGAAGUGUCAGCAGCCACUUCUUCUGUCAUUGUUGUCCUCACAUCUAGCUUGAAUUUCAUUUUAUUCCUAAAAGCUGGCAUGGUCACAGAAAAUUACUCACUUUGGCUCAUGGCUUUUUCUGUGAUUGGCUCAGCAGCUGGGAUUUUAAUCGUAAAAAAGAUUGUGGAAAAGCAAAAAAGACCUUCAAUUAUCGUGUUCUGCCUGGGAACUGUGUAUAUUUGUGCAUUUUUGCUUAUAUUGGCAUAUGGAAUAAGAAAGAUGUACAAAGAGGAAGAAAAAGGCACCGCUAAGUACGGAUUCCAGCCCUUCUGCUAA